GAAAAUGGUUUAGUCUAGGUCCCUUUAUAAAUAUGACCAGUAUGAACAGUGUCUAACAGUGGUAGGAGGGUAUGGAAGAGGAAGUGGAGGAAGUAUGGAUAGAAGGAGAGGAAAGCGCAAAAGCAAUGCUGGAGAGGGUUUUGAGGGAGCGGCCAUUGUUGCUUCUCCUUCCUCCUCUUCACAGAGUCCCUCUCCGCUUUGGCAACGUUGUUGAGCUCCUCGGCCCGUCCCCUUCUGCCAAAACCCACAUUUUAAUUCAGGCUGCUGUCAGCUGCAUUCUUCCUAAGGAGUGGAACGGUGUGACCUAUGGAGGCUUGGAGCAUUUAGUAAUGUUCAUUGACUUGGAUUGUCGCUUUGACGUUUUACGCCUUUCACAAUCUCUUAGGCAUCGAAUAAUGGAAGCUAAUGGAUCAAGGGUUGGUGCUAUGUGGGAGCAAAAGGAUGCUGAUUUUUUUAAUAACUCAAAGGAGGGUCCCUGUAUUGAAUACGACAAAGAAUUGUUUGAUGCAUGCAUGAGACGAUUCUUAUAUGUUCGUUGUUAUGAUAGUUCAGAAUUUCUUGCAACUCUUAAGACAUUGCAUUAUCAGCUUCGAAAGGAAAGAGAAAAACAUGGAGUUGAUGUUCAUUUCCUUAUGAUUGAUAGCAUUGGGGCUUUUUACUGGAUUGAUCGUGCUUCAACAUCUUUAGCGGUAAUGGGCAACAACAGGCUCUUGGCAAUCACUGUACAUUGCAGCAUUCAAAAGAUGGUAAAACAAAAGAAAAGCCACUCCCUUCAAACUGUGUCAGAAACUGUAGUUCUGGAGAUCAGAAAACUUUUGCAGGUGUAUCCCAUGCUUGUUUUAGCUACAAAAGCAGCAAGUUUAGGGGAUAAAUAUUCAACAAGUGAAGCAAAAAGGAAUUCAAGAAAAUGGUGUUCAGCAAAUGCUUCAGAUAGUGGUCCUCAAAAUCUUUUAUGUCGUGAAUAUAUGCCUUCAAUCUGGCAGUCUUUUGUCACGCAUCGAGUACUUGUACGACCUUCAGGUUUGGCAGCAGGCAACUGUGGCUUACGUCAUGCUCCCAAUUAUGACAGCAGCAAGCAUCAAAAUUACCCAAUAUAUUGGUCAGAGUGGUUGUUGCCAUCACUAAGUAUAUUGGACAAAUUUAUAGUUACAGAUGUUGGUGUCUUCACUAUACCUUGAAAUGCUUCUGUGUUAAAAAUGUAGUUGUCUUGCUUAUCUCCUUAUUUCACGAUCUCUCUCUUUUUAUUUCAGGUCAAAGUUGUUAUUUGAAUAUAUAAGUUGGUCCUUUUUUUAGUCUCCUUGAAUUUUGUAAAGCUGUCAUCUUUGGCUGCUGCUAAAGACAUUCCUCCAAAAUUUUCUUCUACGCUUAGGCCUCGUUUGGGAACAGGCUUUUUUAGUAACUUUUUGAUUUUUUAACUAAAAUGUGAUAUAAAAAAAACUAGUAUGUUUGGGAUGA